AUGGGGAAGAAAGGGGAAGAAAGGGGAAGAAAGGGGAAGAAAGGGGAAGAAAGGGGAAGAAAGGGGAAGAAAGGGAAAGAAAGGGCCAGAGAUAGAGGCAUCUUGAAGCUGGAACCAAGGACCAGGGUGUCGAUUGACACCAAAGCCGAGCUCACACCACAGGGAUCCUGUGACCACGGGCCUGUGUCUCCGCAGCCGUCGGUGGACCGUCUGUCGGUGACCUGGGCGGACCCUGGGAGCAUGGCCUCCUCGGGACCCAAUGAGGUCAAGUUUUCACCAUCAGCUGGUGAGUGCUCCGAAGACGAGGACUACUCGGCGAGUUUGAGUGCUGUGCUUCGUCAGCGGCGCGCCAGCGUGCGCAGGUCCCGCAAGGGACGGGCCAGGAGACCGUCUUCUCCCUUCCUGGCUGAGGAAGUCCGCAGGAGGUCUUCAGUUUUUACUACCAGUUCUGGAGACACCGCAAUAUCAAUGGAGGACAUCCAAUCAGCCGUGGUGACCCAGGAGCAGAUCUUCGAGAACAUCCAUGUCCACAAGGAAGUUCUCAGUUCAGUCAAACAGGAACCAAUUGAGAUGAGGAGGAAACUCAAAAUUGUCAAUCAGGCCAAAGCUUACAUUAAAAGACACGAAGGCCAGCUACAGCAGAGACUGGCACAAUCCAAAAGCACCAAAGACAUCUACGCGAGGUUCAACAUUCUGAUAACUUCGAAAUGGCAGCAACUGAAGCGUGAAGCGGCCAACACGUCCAACCUUCUUAUCCCGUGGGAGCUCAGGAUCAAAGAGAUCGAGUCCCACUUCGGUUCCGUAGUCGCCUCCUACUUCACUUUCUUGCGGUGGCUCUUCUGGGUCAACUUGGUCAUCGGAUUCAUUCUUCUUGUCUUCGUUAUAGUUCCAGAGUAUUUAACGGCAGACCCCAAACAAGAUGGCCAAAGAAAAAUCAUAGAAGAUAAAGAAAAUGCGACCAACCUGCUGACUCUCUGGGAGUUUGAGGGUAUUUUGAAGUAUUCACCGAUCUUCUACGGGUACUACAGCAACAUAGAGAGACCGCAGUACGCUAUGCCGCUGGCGUACUUUCUAACUGGACUGGCCGUUUAUAUAUACAGCUUCGUCGCCAUUUUGGGAAAAAUGGCGGAAAAUUCCCGAAUGUCUAAGUUAUCUGAGAAGGAGGACGAGUGCAUUUUCUCGUGGAAACUCUUCACUGGCUGGGACUUCAUGAUAGGGAACGCUGAGACCGCUCACAACAGGAUAGCCUCCGUGAUCCUGGGAUUCAAGGAAGCCCUGCUCGAGGAAGCUGAGAAGAAGAAAAAUUUGAGAAAUUGGCGCAUAAUUUCCCUGCGUGGAGUCGUCAACAUCUGCGUCAUCAUUCUCUUAGCCGUGUCGGCGUACGCCGUGGUGACUGUUGUGUCCCGCUCUGACGACAACCCCAAGGCCAGGAGCUGGUGGCGCGAGAACGAGACGACUAUAGUUGUCACACUCAUCUCUAUCACUUUUCCAGUCUUGUUUGAGUUGCUCGGCCUCUUUGAGCAUUAUCAUCCUAGGAAACAGCUGAGGUUGCAGCUAGCAAGGAUUAUGUUACUAAAUUUGCUCAAUUUAUAUUCUUUGAUAUUCGCUCUGUUCACGAAGAUCGGGGGAAUGGGUCUUGAAUUGAAUGCAUUGAAACCAAACAUUAGUAUGGAUUCCAACAUAUCCAACACAAUUGAGCCAAUGCUUCAUUUCCAAACAAUAUGUUACGAUGAAAUGGUAUCAUGCGAGAUUUGCGACGACAUGUUUAAUAUCAGAGUGACUACAGCGGAAAACAUAAUUGACCUAGAGUCUACAAAAAUGAUUUCAUUGCAAUCAUUUAAAACUGAAAACGAUACACUAACAACAAUGCAAGGAAUUACAAUUGAUAUUAACAAUAAUACAGUUUUAAAUGAAAUGAAUAAUCAUCCUAAAGCCGAGAAUUUGAUUCAGACCACAGGGAGAUCGGUUAUGCAAGAACAAUUAGAAAGAUUACGAAGUAUUGCGAGCAUAACUAAUGCCACUGCAGAAUUCGAUGAUCCCACUUUAGAAGUAUACGAUGAUAACUUUACUUUUGAUAACAUGAAUAUCACAAGUGAUGAAACAAAUGUAAAUAGUUUUAGAGAUUAUGUUUAUAAUCCUAUUUAUACAAAUAGUAUAGAGGACAAUAAUUUAGAUUCUACCGUAUAUUCUACGGAAGAAACUGAGACUAGUAUAUUAUAUAAUAAUUUUACGAAUGAUAUAAGUGACUUUGUCAAGACAACUAUCGAUGACGAAAACUCUACAAAUAAUUUUAUGACAAAUGAAUUGAUAUCUAGUACUGAAAUGACUAGUAAUAUUGCAUUUAAUCAAACAGCAACAUACGAUUGGAUUGCUUACAAUGACACGAUGAGUGAGUCAAUGUUUACCGAUUUUACUUCAACUUACACACCAUAUACAGGUUUACAUGAUGAUACAAUAAGUACAAAUAAUGAUGAAACUACCAUUCUUAAUAUAGACGAAUCAACAUUGAAUGAAUUGCCGACUACGGCAGAUACAUCAAAUUCAUUUACAGAAAAGGCAACAUCUUUCGAUUACGAGUUCAGCACCGAUGUAAUAUCGUCAACAGAUACUACAACGAAAUCCACAAUUUGUCCCAAUUUUUUAAAUUGUUCGAUUAAUUGUAACGGCCAUAAUGUAACGCAGAUAAUUGCUAUUGAAAAAUGUAAGAUAAUAUCAAUAAAAUGUUAUAGAACUAUUUGCAAACAUAUCAAACCAAUCAAUAAAAAUAAAACACGGGAAGUUAAAGACGUAGUAUAUCUUGAUAAGUAUAACAGAAAAAUGUACAAUUUAACGAAAGAAACAAAGAAAAAGUUGGAAAAGUUAUGUUGGGAAACUCUAUUUGGACAAGAAUUGAUAAAGCUUACAAUGAUGGAUUUGGUGUUCGUGCUAUUGGGAACAUUGUUUAUGGAUUUCUUUCGCGCUCUUUUUGUCCGAUACAUGAACCGCUGUUGGUGUUGGGAUUUAGAAAAGAAAUUUCCUGAAUAUGGUGAUUUCAAAAUUGCUGAGAAUAUACUGCAUCUAAUAAAUAAUCAGGGAAUGGUGUGGAUGGGGAUGUUCUUCUCUCCUGGUUUAGUAGUGCUCAACGUUGUCAAGCUUAUGAUCAUGAUGUACUUAAGAUCAUGGGCUGUAAUGACUUGUAAUGUCCCCCAUGAAGUAGUUUUCAGGGUGUCCAAAAGUAACAACUUUUACCUUGCACUUCUGCUUACUAUGUUAUUUUUAUGCGUGCUCCCCGUCGGCUACGCUAUUGUCUGGGUCAAACCUUCGUGGCAUUGUGGGCCUUUUUCUGAACACACAAAGAUUUUUCAUAUAUUAACGAAUAACAUCUACAAAAUUCUACCAAAGAGCUUGAACUUUCCGCUGGAGUAUAUUACAUCUCCAGCUAUUGUGAUUCCGUUGUUAGUCUUACUCAUAUUGAUUAUUUAUUACUUGAUUUCGUUGACAAAUUCUUUGAGGGAAGCCAAUAAUGAUUUGAAGGCACAACUGCGGCGCGAAAGAACUGAAGAACGAAGAAAAAUGUUCAAACUCGCAGAUACAAGGGUGCGAGCUGGUUCUGCGGCAAUUGAUAGUACGCCGUUUUCUCGCUGGAAGAAAGCCUUGCCAUCACUCCCUCUCAGGUCCAUUGAUUCUGAUGAAAACAAAACUAUGACUGGUGAUAGUGCGACGGAUCCACAAAAAGCCCUUAAAAGGACGGGCGGGAUAUUUGCGAAAAUUGUUAACAUGGCAGUGGAUAAAAAAAUUGACAUAGAAACAAUAUCCGGUGCUGAAACUAAAAGUGGAUCUACCACGUCAAAAAAUAUUAAUGAUGACUCUGACACAGAUUUUCAUGAAUCUUUACCAAAAGAAGUACUGACUAUCAAAGACAUUGUUUUCAAGAAUACACCAAUUAAGAAAAAAAACAGUGUCGAAUUUAAGACCGAUGAUAUCGAAAAGGCCAAAUUCAGACCUGAGAAUACGGGUCUCAAAGUUAAAUUAGAAACUAUAGAUGAUCGGACGGAAAAGAAAGCAAUUUUAGAAAAACAAAAAGAAGAUUGUUUAACUCAUAAAAAGCCUUUAAAACUUAAAUCCCUAACAUCGUCUUCUGAAGGAUGCUCUACCGAAUCAACGCUUGAUGAAACUUUAAACCAAAAACAAACAUUAAAAUCAAACAAACCAAGAAAACAAUCAGAUUCUACUGUGAUUCCUGUUAUAACUAUCAGUACUACUGAAAGUGAUGAGGAAUUGUUACAGAGUAAAAAAGAUUUAUCUGAUAAAUCUAAAGAACAUAAAAGAACAGAAGGUAGUGCUUGUGAAUCUUUAAAAAAGGUAAAGAAAAAUAGCUCAGAUUCAAAAUCUUUGCGGAGGCAAACUAGCGUGGAGAGUAUCAAUGAACAAAAACAACCAAAAGAAAAAAAGACAGAAGAUGGACACAAAUAUCAAUACUCGUUGUAG